AUGUCCAGCCCCGAACCAGCAACCAAAGCCCCCGAGUCCGAUGCCAUGGAGGACGCAGCAAACACUGAACACACGCUCAUUUCAGCACAGGACUCAAGAGCCCAGGAUGGACCCAGCAUGGGUGAGCACUGCGUGACGGACCGACCCACACCUUCGGACCGGCAACCAUCAGGAGAAAUGUCCAAAAUGUCCGACAUAGACGUCUACAUCUCCAAACCAGCGGACUAUCCCAACACACCGGCGAAGCUUCUCCUCCUACUCACCCCAGGCACGGGUGUCCACUCGACGAACAAUCAGAUCCAAGCAGAUAUGUUCGCUCAAGAGGGCUUUGUUGUCAUCAUGCCCGAUCAAUUCAAGGGUGAUUCUGCGCCGACCUCCAACAAGGCGACACUCUCGUCUCCGGUGGAGCCGCAGGGCCCAGGCCUCCUAGAGAGGAUCAAGCUUGGUGCGGUCGAAACAGCCAAAUCAUUCAUGGUAGACAUGUGGCUGGCCAGACAGACGCCCGAGAAGGUUCUCCCUGUUUUGUUGAAGGUGAUUGAGACAUGUAAGGACGAAUAUGCUGAUGCUGUGGCCCACGGUGAAGGGAUCUAUGCUAUUGGGUAUUGCUUUGGAGGCAAGUACGUGGUCAUGCUUGCUGGAGAGCACCAGGAGACUGCUCCGCAGGGACAGGCUGCGAAGGAUGUAGAAGCAGGGUCAGCCCAAAAAGGUCCACUGAUAAAGGCAGGGGCCGUCGCUCAUGCCACCUUGGUGACGAGGGAGGACAUGAAGGCUGUCAAGGCGCCAUUGAUGCUGGUUUGUGUCGAGAACGACCCUUUGUUUCCUGAAGAGGUGCUUGAGAUCGGCCGAAAAUACUUUGCAGCGAGCAACGUCGAACACGAAGUCAGUAUAUAUCCAGAAGUGCCACACGGAUUCGCUGUGUACGGAGACUACGAUUCGCCAGCUAUCAAGCAAGCUCAAGAAACAGCCUUCCGGCAGAUGCUCAACUGGCUAAAGGCGCACUGA